UUGGGUUACUGAGGGUCCAUUAAUGCCCAGCCUCACUGUCAAUGUCGACCUAUCUAUCAUCCAAUCCUUCCAAUAACCACUGGUCUAUCCCAAACCGUACUGUCCUUUCCCCGCAUGCCUUUAGGUGUUUCUCACCUGGAAGCGACAGAACAAUCCGUCUGUUCUAACAACAGCGACUACUAACCGACCAGCACCCCUAUUCACACGACAGUGACUAUAGACUUGCUAAAUACUUGCAGCCAUUAAAAUCCGGCCAUGGACGCCACCUAACACUGAACAGCACCACUCAACACCCAGAGAACGGCCCGACAUCUUCUCUCUUGACAUUUUGACUCGGGUGCAACAACAACAACAUCACCACUCACACCACUCAACACCUAGAGAACGGCCCGACAUCUUUUCUUCGACAGUUUGACUCAGGUGCAACAGCACUCAUACCACCAAACAACCUCAGACUAUACACCAAUCAGAUCACCCGACAAAAAUGGGGCAGAUCUCAGACGCUUGGGCGACCGAGACGGUCAUGCAAUACUGGUCGCCAAUCGAGCACUACCUUCUUCCCGAAGCAGCCCAGAACUGGGCAGCACUCGUGCGACAGGAGGAGUUCACGGUCUGGGAGCGACGACUGUGGAAGCACGCGAAAUCCAGGAACAGCCGGUCGCGGCAGUACAACGGCAUUCCAACAAUGGCCAUCGGCGCGCAGGGCCAGGUGCAGGUGCACGUCGGCUUGCUCAAGGAGGCGCCAUACAUGGGCCACAAGGGAGGCAACCAUAUCUUCCGCAUGGUGCAGGACCCAAGCAUGGAUGGAUUCUCUAAAUGCCUCAAAUACGAAGGCCAAGCCCCUGAGGACAGCGGGGAACAGCUGCGGAGACUUCGAAUCAUCCUCUUGCCCGACAUUCUCGACAUGGUCAUUUGUCUCUUAGCAUUCACCCCGUGUCCGACACGCGGCCAGACCAGACAGAUGGUCCCGCAAGAGCUGCAGGUGAUCCGCGACAAGCAGGGAUGCGUAAACCAGGACGACAUCGACCUCCUGCUCAACAUCUGGCAGCUCAAGUUUAGGGACGACGUUGACAGAAGAGAGACCAGGAUGAGAACCAGCGACCUCAUCCCAGGCUCGUCCACACGCCCAGCGAUGCGGAAGCUUGCUUACGCUGCGUGGCUGAUCUAUACGCUGCGCCAUUCGAACAUGCUGGCACUUGCCGUCUCAUGGGACUCACUGGCGCAACUCAUCGAGCUCGCCAGCGACUCGCCGUUCAAGAAGCUGCUGCAGCCGCACCACCGGAACAUGGAGGAAGAGGGCCUGCGUAUGUUGUAUGGGGAGGAGGGCAGCCGCCGGCGGGUGCUGGUGUACCGCAGCCAGGAAGGUGCUGCGUACGCUGCGGCACUAGCGGACGAGCGUCGAGGUUGGAAGAAGGAUGCGGCUCACGGCGACGCCUUCAGAUGGGCCGCACAGCCAAUCAGCCCUGGUCACGCCAAGGUACUUCGGGGACCCGCUUGA